GAUUUAUUCGGAAAAUUACUUUUUUAUCCUUCUUGGUGUUUGCUAUAAAGUGGUGUAGAUAAAUUAACUUCACAAAUAACAAAGAAAUGCUGGAAGCUUAUAUCACUGGUAAUCACGAGUAAGCACUGUAUGUAAUGUUUAUCAGUUGGGGCUCCUGUGUUCUUCAAUGAAUACAAAAUGGCGGGCGAACAGUGUUGUUCUGAUUCUUCUAACACAAAUACUAGUCAGUCCUCCAAAGAACCAACCAUAUUUGAAGCAGCACAAGUUGGGAACAUCCAAGCAUGCAGAAAUCUUAUCAGUGAACAAGGUGUCAAAAUCUUGAAUGAACAUGAUGAAAAAGGUCACACUCCACUACACUGGGCAGCACUCGGGGGCCAUACUGAAGUUCUUAAAUUUUUCAUUAACUGUGGUGGUGAUGUCAAUUGGCAAAGUAAAGCGGAAUAUGGACCUUACCCUAUUCACUGGGCUUGUGUCAGCGGUCACAUAAUGGCCGUGGAUUUGCUCUUGCAAAAUGGAGCCAAUAUAGACUGUGCCGAUAACAAGGGGUGUACACCAUUGAUAAUUAGUUCACAGUAUGGCAAGACAAUGCAAGCAGGAUAUUUGAUAGGUAAAGGUGCCAAGGUGUAUCUGACAGACACUGAAGGAGAUAAUGCUCUUCACUGGGCAGCUUUCAAAGGUCACAGUGAAACAGUACAACUUCUUUUGUAUUCUGGGUUUGACCCUAAACAAAAAGAUAAAUUUGGUCAGACUCCUCUACAUUUAGCUUGCUUAAGUGGAGACUUGCUUACAGUGGAGCACAUUGUCGAUAUGGAUGUAGAUAUAAAUGUAAAAGAUGCAAAUGGCAAGACACCUUUAAUGUUAGCUAUGGGCCGAGAUCACCAAGAUGUGAUCCAUUUCAUGCAAGGCAAACUCAAUAGAUUUGUGAAGUGUAGUUUAAGAGAUAUCAUUUUUGGUCCUCCUGGUCGUUCAAGAGGUGCCUUGUUGUUCUAUUUCGCUAAUCUGUUCCUUUGGGGUUAUCCUGUUUAUUUUUAUGAUGUACUUCCCAUGUCAUGGGAGUUCACCARAGGAGUUCAUGUAGUGUUUCUGAUUUUCAAUGUUCUUAUGUGGGUUUGUCUGUACUUUGCAAAUACAAGACAGCCUGGCUUUCUGACGUGCAAUACAUCAGACUAUGACAUGGCUUUAAAACAGGUACCAUUUUUUGAUGAAUGGCAAGCUAAGACUGGUCAGAAUCCACUAGAGAGUCUGUGUCAUACAUGUCGACUGGUUCGUCCUCUGCGCGCCAAACACUGUAGAAUAUGUAAUCGAUGUGUGGAACAUUUUGAUCACCAUUGUCCGUAUAUUAACAAUUGUGUAGGCUUACGUAAUAGGGUGCCUUUCUUCUUAUUCACUGUUUGUGUCAAUAUUUGUAGUUUAAUCACUCUUUACUUUGCCGUAAUAAUGCUAAGGAUCUAUGGCGUUAGCUUCUUGUACAUCAUUGGAUUUCUGCAGUUCGUUAUUGUCUCUGUUCUCAUGAUUGCACUAGUUUUAUUUCAGGCUAACCAGAUCAAGGUUAACCUGACCACUAACGAAAGAAUAAACCGGAAACGGUACAAAUACCUGUCUGGUGCAUCAGGACUCUUCACGAAUCCCUUCGACCGUGGGACGAUAAAGAACUGUAUGGAGUACUUCCACUGGAUCGACGUGCCGAGUACUAAACAAAACCUCAUGUAUAACAUAUAGAUGCAAUAAAAUGGGACCGGGAAUGGGAAAAAGAAUGGGAUAAGUAAAUGAGAAAGAAAUACUUCUAGGACACUAAAUAAUUCUCCGCGCCGAUAUAGAAUUUAAAGCUACAAUUUGGGCUUCCUAUGAAUAACACGAAAGGCGUCAAAAUCGAUAGAAAAUGUGUAGUUUCGAUCGUAUGAGGAAUCUGGAAAAAUUUUCUGGUACCGGGCGUUUUAUAGUAGGGUUUUGUGUAGCGCUGCUAGAAGAUGCUUUGCAUUUAAGAUCUGAAAGCUCUUUCCUCACCUAAGGCGUGUGUUUCUUUYAAUCAACAAGAAACGUGGCCGAUUCGUGGGUUUUUAUCACUCAAAAUUUCGAAUACGACUGAAACGAUCAGUUUAGGUCUGCCUACGAUAAAAUAUUUAAAAUAAAUGGUAGUUAACGUAUUUUCAACAAAUAGCACCUAGUCGACAUAUUUUGGAAAAAUAUCUUGUAAUGAGGACAAUCGAGGACAAUAUCGUAGAUAUAUAUAUAUAUCAUAUAGUUCAAAUCGUCUUUGUAGUCUGUGUUACACAAUGGAAGCUUUUGGUUUCUUUGAACGUAUUGAUUGGUUUGAUCAAAAUAAGUUCUACGCACAUGGUCGUUAACUUCGGAAACCGUUCGGCURCAGGACUGAAAUGAUCAGAAAGCGCCGCAAUAUCGUGGUCCCACUUUGGACCAUACCCCUGUCAUUCUUAAUGCGCAUGCUCAAUAAAAUGUUAUUUUGUUGAGCAUGCGCAGUUUGGGGUCCAUAGUGACCAUGUUCCGAGACAAAAUUCACUCCCAUAAUACACCAGUAGGUCGUUACGUUCUUUUUUUUUUUWAAUUGCGAAAAGGCGAAUCCCAAUUAACUCCGAUGACUCCCAGUAUAUAAUUGUCUUUUUUUUUCUGCCAGGGCGGCUAAUUAUUUUGACAUGAAUCUUGAUGUUUUUAAUAGUAAUAUGUACGGUUGUCACGCAUUAGAGCACAAAGAACACUAUCUAACCAGCCAUGACCAGGUGGCAUGUGGCUGUACACUUGUUUGUAGAGGGAAGUCUUGGUAACCCUAGAACCGUAGCUAAAAUCGCCAACCGUUCAUUCGCAAUCAUCUGAGAUAUUCCUUCAAUAUUUGGCUUUAAAAAUGCUUGAAUGCUCAAUAAAGUCAUAAAAAUAUG